AUGCAUACCAACUGGGAGAAUAUGCUCUUCAACUUCUCGGGUAUGCCCAGGAUAUCUUGGUUGCAGUCAAUAAGAUCUCCUUUGUCCCUCCUACCACGUGCUGAUAAUGCCAAAAAGGGGGAAAAGAGAAAUGAUGACAAGGAUAAGGAUGAUGGUCAUCCGAGAGAUCCGAGAGAUAACACGAAAGAUCAGUUUCCAGAAGCAAGACACUCGCCUUCUCGGACACCAAAAGAUCAGUCUCCAGAAGCAAGACACUCGCCUUCUCGGACACCAAGAGACUCUGGCCGAAGAAACACAAAUCCAUCCCAUCCUCCUUCAAGGUCUCGUGGUUACCAUUCCUCGAAGUCAAGAUACCAUGGUCGAUACCAAUCCAAAUCAAUUAAGCCUCGCCAAUCUUUCGGUUCUGAAGCCAAAUACAUCUUCGUGGGUUUAUCCAAGAGAGAACAGACGAAUCUAAGACAAAGACUCAUGAAGAACAACAAAGUAACUAUGGAUGACAUAGGAAACUUUGUGGACUUUGUUCCAUACAAAGAAGGAAGUGGCAAACGUUUUGAGGGUUGCAAUGUUCCUAUCUGGCUUAAAAUAAGGGACAACCAUACAAGGCAAGAUCACAUUAGCACCCAAAACGAAAGGAUCAAAAGAGAAAACAGAGAGCUGUGGAAGAAACACGAUGAAGAAAUUAAAAGAAGAGAGGAUGAAGCAAUGGAAAGGGAAAGGAUCAGGAAUCUCAUUGAAGAUCUUUCUAGUGUAACCAAAGACUCUCCACAGAAUGUUAUUCACAAUGCAGCUUUCAAAGUGCACAAAGAGUCAUGA